AUGUUGCGUCGAGAGCAGUUGGUGUUCCUGGCGGCGGUGUUAGUGGGCGCGUACGGCGUCGAUCGAGGGGUGACGGCGCUCGCGUGCGCGGCGGUGGCGUAUUACGUCGUGAGGUUUUUCUUGCUCAAGCGCGCGAUUCGAGCGAUUCGGCGAUUGAAAGAGCUUCGCGAGGCGGCGUCGCGGCGCUCGAAUGAGCUCCGAGACAUGUUGCUGGAGGAGUACAAGAUUCGGGCGUUCCAGAGCGUGUCGCUGAAGCUGUUCGAUAUGCCUCGACAACCUCGACGAAUGCGACAGGCGGUGAAGAUUUGGCGAGAUUAUCGAAUGCAGACGAAACUGAAGGCGCGUUUGAAGGAUAUUCGAGGCGACGGUUUGAGCGCUCUGCACAAGACAGAGGAGGAUCUGCAAGAGGCGAUGUCGGCGCACGGUUUAGCGUCGAACUCAGCGCGGGGUGAGAGUGAUUUGAUCGCCGAUCCCACGCUGGAUGCGAUGCGCGCGUGCUCGGUGUGUCGAGGGAUGAGCCCGGCUGCUUUGGAGACGCUGCGUGGCAAGGCGAAGACGGUGGUCGUUCGAGCUCGAGAGCGAUCGAGCACGUUCGAGCGGCGUGACGCGCUCGUGAUUUUGGUUGACGGUGAGGUUGAAUUGACGGGUCAGAUUGAGGCGAGCGCGGAGGAGGAGAUUCACGGACGAGGAUCGAUGUCGACGCGGUGCUCGCGUCCUGGAACGUGCCUGAAUUCUUUCAUGGACAUUUUAGAACACGUUCCCACGGAUGCGCCAGCGGAGGACGUGACGAAUGAGAACACCGAGCCGAAGCCGAACGUGAAUACGUACGAAAAUGCGACGAGCGAAGCCGGCGACGAUGACGAGCGCGUGCGCGUGCGUUUGAUGGGUAUCGCGUUGAGACUCGCUGGGGGAUUCGCGGCGGUGUGCAAGUAUCUCGACAUGAUGUCAGAUAUGAAAGCGCUUUGGGUGCACGAGAGAGAGAGCCGAGACGUGCGCUCACCAAGCAACGAUGUGGAAGAGCCGCUCGCGUGUGAUACCGCCCUGGCGCGAUUUCUCGAUAAAGAUGUGGCGAACGACAUCGACACCAGCGAGGUCAUCGCUGCUUUAGAGCGAAAUGGAUACAGAAAGCGCACGUCGGUGAGCGCGGCGAAGAAGAUCGGCGGGUUCUUCUCCAGUCGCGAGCAGAAAUCCGUCUCUGCAGGGGACCCCAAAUCGUUGUCGAGCAUUACCAUCGAGGCACGAGUGAUUCCGGGCGGUUCGGUGGUGUUACAACAGGGUGCGUCGCCGGUGGCGCUCAUCGUCGAGCGCGGUUCGCUGGAGGCUUACUCUGGGUCGACGGCACUCGGCGCGCGCGGCUCUCCACGCAGACCUCCGCUACCAAACUCACCUCGACGAUUGAAUCGAGCGUCCGAGGCGCCGAUUUUCACCGCGUCUGUCGGAGACGUCGUCGGUUCUCACUUACUUCUAAUCGGUCAGCGAAGCGGUUUAACCAUUCGAGCCGGCGCAAGCGGCGCGGUGGUGGCUUUACUUCCCAUGAGCGCUCUCGCACGACUAGGUCGAGCUCAUCCGCACGUAACUCGUAAGAUCGCGGUCGAACUCGCGCGUCGCUUGCGAGAGGCGCCAAGCUCAUUCAUUUGGGAUCGAUGCGGGACGGAAAUGGAAAUGCUCGAGGCUGGCGAGGCGUUAUCUCACCGAGAGGGCGGCGUGCACAUUGUCGUGACCGGAAGCUUGCGCGAACAGAUGGAGGAACCGAGCCUGCAUCGGGCGAACUCGUCGCACAACAUGUUCAAGUGGCGAAAGUCCAAAAGCAGCAAGAUCUCUGGCGUUGCUUCCACGUUAUCGGCGCCGGGUUUGGCGGUGAAUCCCGGAGAGGCGACCGGGGAAGACUCGGUGCUCAUGGAAUCCACGGCUGCACGUCCUGUCGCGACAAUGCCUCGAUCAAGACGCCCGUGCUUGACCGGCGGACCGGUCCCCAAGUUUGUCGCGCGCGCAGUCAGAGACUCACAGGUUGUUUGGGUCUCAGCUGCGGGAUUAGACACUCUCGCGUUAGCCGCACCGACGACGUUCGUGCGGCUAGCUCGCGGCUUGGGCUUGCGUCAGGCGAAUCGAGGCAUAGCAAUGUCAACCUCGCACGGUGCACCCACAAUUCCGGGACUCAAUCUCUCGCACAAGCCGUCUGGCGCGCCAAAGGUUGUCUCCGUCAUUCCCGUCACCGAAGGCGCCGCCGUGCACUUGGACGAGUUCUGUUAUUCCUUGGCAUUCGCUCUCAGCAAGGUGUGCCGCGCAAGGACGGUGGAUUCGGCGUGCCGAUUGGCCGAGCUCGGACAAGCCACGGUGGGUCCGCUUUCGCAAGAGGCAACCGCACACUGGCUCUCGCAGCUCGAAUCGGCGUAUGACGUCGUGAUUUUGAAGGGUGAUCCGUUCCCUUCGCCUUGGUGCGCGCAGUGUGCAAGGCACAGCGACACCAUUUUGCUCGUCGCGAGCGCAAGCGAUCAACCGCCGACUGCAACCGAGGGUCAGACGUUGCAGGCCCGUUUACUCCACGGUCAGGGUGACACGCAACUCCAGCGCGUCUUACUUGCUCAGCGUGAGCUCGUUUUGCUGCACCAAGACGCCGAAGUGACGCCCGACGAUACCAAGUCCUGGCUCACGGCAUUCAGCGUCCAGAGGCAUCAUCACAUCGCCAUGCAUCACGCCUCUGGGCUCAUCCCGUCGCACGCUGCGCGUCUCGCUCGAUCGCUUCGCGAACUCACUGUUGGUCUCGUCCUGGGCGGCGGUGGCGCGCGUGGUUUGGCCCACGUCGGUGUGCUCGCAGCGUUGGAGCAGGAGGGAGUGCCCAUCGACGCCGUCGGUGGCACGUCAAUCGGCGCCAUGGUCGGCGGCAUGUACGCGCGAGAUCCGAGCGCACUUCUCGUACGCGCCAUGGUCACAAAAUUUGCCAAGGAGAUGUCCAGCGCCUGGGGACAAUUCAUGGACUUGACGCUCCCGGUCGUGAGUUACUUCACGGGCUGGGGCAUGAACCGAUCUCUCAGUCUGGUGCUCGGCGAAACGAAGAUUGAAGACUGCUGGCUGCCGUUCUUUUGCUGCACGCUCGACUUGAUCUCGUGCAUGCCGAUCGUACAUAGAAAUGGUACGCUGUGGCGAUAUAUCCGAGCGAGCAUGGCCCUCGUUGGAUUCCUUCCGCCCGUGUGCGACACCGAACAGGAUCGCGAACAGAGCAUGCACGUGCUCGUCGACGGCGGAUACGUGAACAACCUUCCCAUCGAUGUCAUGCGCGCGCUCGGUGCGCACUACGUCAUCGCCAUCGAUGUCGCCGGUGAGGGAUUGGACGGACAAAAGCUCGUGCCCUGGGGCGAUGGUAUCAGUGGGACGUGGUUACUUCUUCGAUCGCUCCUUCCCCGAUGGCUCGGCGGCGGGCAUCGCAUUCCAACCAUGGCUGACAUGCAAGGCCAGCUCCCGUUCGUCACCGAUACGGUGAAGCAUCAGACGCGUUUGGAGGACAUCGACGUGUACGUCCGUCCCGCCGUAUCGCACGUCGGUAUCUUGGAGUUCGCGAAGUAUAACUCCAUCAUCCGGCUCGGCUACGAACACGGAUUGAAGAUGGUUAGAGAGUGGAAAUCGGAAAAUCCUGAGGUGGCGCUCUUGCUCGAACAAGGCUCGCAAAUCCGAGGCGGGCUCACGGCGCUUCAAAAGCCCCGUCGAUUGCUCCAUCCGAGCGCGAACAACUCUCGAGAAUCGAUUGCCUCUGAAUCCGUCGAUGACGCGACGAGUCCGGACGAUACCAGCCCGCAGCUCAUAACCGCCGCUGAUUUCUCAGAUGACGACGAUUUCUCCUCGUCAACCGCUCGAUUGCUCCUGAGAACGAAUUCACUGGCGUCCACCGAUCCGACGUGGACCCCGGCGCCGAAACAGAAACGACGAAUAGACGCGCAGGACGCGGCGAUGUAG